AUGGGUCCCAAAAUCAAACAGAUCAACCGGAGGUUGAACGAACUUGCCACUGAGUGGAACAGUUUUGAUUUAGGACCGAGCCGCAGAGAGACUCACUCUUUCGUUAACUCUUCGGAUGUCAUUGGUAGAGACAAGGAUAAAGAGAACAUUAUUGAUCACUUGAAGGAACCGAGCGAGGAUGGGAAUAUCCCUGUUAUUCCCAUAGUUGGAAUAGGGGGUCUAGGGAAAACCACGCUCGUUCAAUUAGUGUACAACGAUGAUAGAAUUACUGAACUUUUCCCAUUGAAAUUAUGGAUCUGUGUUUCAGAGGAUUUUGAUCUUCCUAGAUUGCUCAAGCUGAUGAUUCUCUCUGUUAAUAAAGAAGAAAAUUGUGAUGGUUUAACAGUUGAGUCCUUACAAACUUGUUUGCGGAGUCUUUUGAAUGACAAGAAGUUUUUGCUCGUUCUAGAUGAUGUGUGGAAUGAAAAUCGAGCGAGAUGGAUCGAGUUAAGAGAUUUAUUGAGAUCAAUGGAUGGCUUGUCUCAAAGAAGAUCAUUGUGA